CUAGUUCUUUCUAGUGUGCGGUUCUGUUGAACGUGUCUCCUUCAUUAUGGACCCGAGGAAAGUGCAGGAGCUGCGGGAGUUCGUGCGGUUGUGUCAGAGUAACCCAGACGUGUUGCACUGCCCAGAAUUUAAGUUCUUUACGGACUGGAUCAUUAGCAUGGGGGCUUCAGUUCCAGCAGCUUCAAGCAAAGAAUCACCCACUUCUACCAAAACGGAGACACCGGUACAGGAAGAGAGAACACCCACGCCACCUCCCAAACCAGAGAGUGAGGAGAGUGAUAUUGAGAUUGAUAACGAGGGAGUGAUUCCUGGAGAUGAUGAUGAACCACAAGAGAUGGGAGAUGAAUCUGCAGAGGUAACCGAAGAAAUGAUGGAUCAGGCCAAUGAAAAAAAAGUAGAAGCAAUUAAUGCUUUGGGAGAAGGUGAGCUUCAAAAAUCCAUUGAAUUGUUUACUGAAGCUAUAAAACUGAACCCACGGAUAGCAAUUUUAUAUGCAAAAAGAGCGAGUGUGUAUGUUCAGCUACAGAAGCCAAAUGCAGCCAUCCGUGACUGUGACAGAGCAAUAGCCAUUAAUCCUGAUUCAGCACAGCCGUACAAGUGGAGAGGGAAAGCACACAGACUUCUGGGGCACUGGGAAGAUUCAGCCCAUGACCUGGCCAUUGCAUGUAAACUGGAUUAUGAUGAGGAUGCUAGCGCUAUGCUGAAGGAAGUGCAGCCACGGGCAAAUAAAAUUGCAGAGCAUCGUAGAAAGCAUGAACGUAAGCGCGAGGAAAAAGAAAUAAAUGACAAAAAGGAGCGACUGAAGAAAGCCAAAGAGGAAAAUGAGAGAGCACAGAGGGAAGAAGAGGCUCGUCAUCAGGCAGGAGCACAGUUUGGUGGAUUCCCAGGUGGGUUCCCUGGAGGAAUGCCUGGAAUGGGUGGCAUGCCUGGAAUGGGUGGCAUGCCUGGAAUGGGUGGCAUGCCUGGAAUGGGUGGAAUGCCAGGAAUGGCUGGAAUGCCAGGAGUCAGUGACAUUUUAUCAGAUCCAGAAGUGCUGACAGCCAUGCAGGACCCCGAGGUGAUGGCUGCAUUUCAAGAUGUGGCGCAAAAUCCAGCCAACAUGUCGAAGUAUCAGAACAACCCCAAGGUGAUGAACCUAAUCACCAAACUGUCGAGUAAAUUUGGGGGAAGUGCAUAAUCUGCUGAGGAGUCUAAGCAAUACAGGAAAAAAAAGCCAAUAGCUGGGCCAUAUCCAUUAACACCCUGGAGUGGCCUGCUGUAUCCUCUUCUCCCUUAUUAACACUCUGAUGGGAUUGCUGCAGUACCACAGAAAUCCGCCAGCAUUCAGCAUGUAUUCCUAUGGCAAAUAAGGAGUAUAGAGAUAUGAAGGUUAAUGUUUAAUUUUUUUUUUUGUUUUAUUACUAGCUUGUCUGGAAGGAGUUUGUGUUUAUAGGCAAAUUCUGUCCCAUUCUGGAGAUGCCGUCCCCUUUAUCCAAAUAUACUUUUGUAUACUGGUACUGUAAUACAGUAGGGCAAUAAAAGCACUUGCCUGAUAUAUCCCAUUUUCCCUUCAGUUGCACACCAUGUCCAAACACAUUAUGUGAAAGCAAAAGAUGGAAUGUGUAUGAAUCCCCCUAAAGCCAGAGAUCUCACUGGAUUUAAUUAAUAAAAUCCUCUGACGGAAUAACGAUUUCAGUUCCACUCCCAGCCACCCAAUCUCCUUUCACUAAUGACUGUGACAUAAGAAGCUGUGUAAGAACUUCUGCGUAAACUGGAAUAUGUUUAUAUUUGUAUUAAUUUGUUCUCUGUUCCAUUACAUUUUGCUACAUAAAUAUGCCUCCAGCUGGCCAAAUGA